CAGGCGCACCGCUAGCAACGAAUCUAGUGUCUCAGAGAAGGAGACCAUCGCCGAACCGGACUGAAGGGAAGACAGCGGCCUGCAGUUAGAUACAGUCAUAUAGAAGAAAAGGGAUACUAUUAGAGAGACAGAGAGCGGGAAACAGCAGGAUUUGUGGGAGAUGGGUGGCUGUGGGUGGGAUCACAACCGCGAGAGUGCUAAACAAUGGCACACGAGGCACGGCUAGAACCGUAGUCAGACAGUGAGAGGGAGAGAGAAGAGGGUGUGUGGGGUUUUUUGGGGAGGGGGAGCGAGUCUGUUGUGACUGAGAGAGAGGAGGGGGUGGGGAAGGCAACAGAGAGAAGGAUGGGCCUCCUGUACAGAACUGCAGUGGCACUGCCAGUCCUGGAUUAAACAGUAUGCUGGAUAAGAGUGAGGUGUCGACGUUGGGCCUGCCGCCCUCCACCAGCCAUGGGGGAUCUGAUGGCAACAUCAGCGUGGACGCGGGAGGCUCUGAGGCCAGAGAGGUGCAGCGUACGCACGUGGCCCUGGAGCACCUGCAGCAGAAGAUCCUGAAGAUCACGGAGCAGAUCCGCGUGGAGCAGGAGGCGCGCGACGAGAACGUGGCUGAGUACCUGAAGCUGGCCCACAACGCAGACAAGCAGCAGAGCGCGCGCAUCAAGCAGGUCUUCGAGAAGAAGAACCAGAAGUCGGCCCAGAGCAUUGCACACCUGCACAAGAAACUGGAGCACUACCACAGGAAGCUCAAGGAGAUCGAACAGAACGGCCCCGCGCGUCAGCCCAAGGACGUGCUGCGCGACAUGCAUCAGGGGCUGAAGGACGUGGGCGCCAACAUGCGCGCGGGAUUCAGCGGCUUCGGCGGCGGCAUGGUCGAGGGCGUGAAGGGCGGAGUGUCCGCGCUCACGCACACGGCCGUCGUCUCCAAGCCGCGCGAGUUCGCCAGCCUCAUCCGCAACAAGUUCGGCAGCGCCGACAACAUCGCCCAGCUCAAGGACGCCCAGGCGGGCGAGGACGGCCACGGGGGCGUGCACCAGGAGACGCCGCGCGCCCUCAGCGGCUCCGCCACACUGGUGUCCAGCCCCAAGUACGGCAGCGAUGACGAGUGCUCCAGCGCCACCUCCGGGUCUGGAGGGGGAAGUAACUCUGGUGGUGGAGGCGGCGGCGGAGGAGGAGGGGGUGGUGUUGGUGGGAUAGGUGGCAUUGGCGGCAGUGGUGUUGGAGGACCUGGAGGAGGUGGUGGAGGAGGUGGUGGUGGUGGUGGUGGUACUGGUGGGGGUGGUGGAGCGGGCCUCUUGGGCAGCCCACGGCUGGAUGGGCAUCAUCACGGGCAUCACGGAGGCGGGCACCACAUGCACAGCUCAUGGGACACGCUGCUGGAGGGCCUGCAGGAGAUCAAGGCCAGCCAGGCGCACAUGGAGGACACCAUGGAGGACAUGAAGGGACAGCUGCAGAGCGACUACGCCUACAUGACACAGUGCCUCCAGGAGGAGAGAUACAGAUAUGAGAGGCUGGAGGAGCAGCUGAAUGACCUGACGGAGCUCCACCAGAACGAGAUGACCAACCUGAAACAGGAACUGGUCAGCAUGGAGGAGAAGGUGGCCUACCAGAGCUACGAGAGAGCACGCGACAUACAGGAGGCAGUGGAGUCGUGCCUGACGCGCAUCACCAAGCUGGAGUUGCAGCAGCAGCAGCAGCAGGUGGUGCAGCUGGAGGGCGUGGAGAACGCCAACGCGCGCGCCCUGCUGGGCAAGCUCAUCAACGUCAUCCUGGCCCUCAUGGCCGUGCUGCUGGUCUUCGUGUCCACCAUGGCCAACUUCAUCACGCCGCUGAUGAAGACGCGCGCCCGCGUGGCCUCCACCGUCUGCCUGGCCCUCUUCCUCUUCACCCUCUGGAAGCACUGGGACUUCCUGGAGCUCUGGCUGGUGCCCAGCUGAGCUGCCGUCUGGACUGCUUUGGUUUGGUUUGGUUUUGGUUUUGGUUUUGGUUCGGUCGUCCUUCCUCCUCCUGCUUUUUUAAAGCUCGACCCUUCCUGGAGGUUUGGUUACUGUUCAGCUUAGCUUGGUUUGGUUUUGUCAUCGUCUUUCCUUUUUGUUUUUGGUUUUUUUUCGACCGCUUUUUUGACAUCAGCGUCCCUUUCUGGAGCUCUGGCUGCUGCCCAGCUAAGCUGUCUUUUUGAUUGGAUUGGUUUGGUUUGGUUUGGUUGGCUUUUUUGACAUUGGCACCCCUUCCUGGAGGUCUGGUUGCUGCCCAGCUGAGCUUACUGCUUGGGCUGGAUCAACCAUCCAUUUGGUUUGUCAUCCUUCUCCUUUUUUUACCUCUGCCAUCCUUCUUUUUCUUCACUUACUCCCUGCUUCUUUUUUUAAAGUCAUGUGUAGCGCCGCUAUGUUGGUCAGUCAGUCCAUUGGAAAACAGUUUACUUUUUUGGAGGAUUUGCACGUGACAUAGGUCUGCUUGCUGACCUUGUUUAAAACUACCACCUCCUCGCCUCCUCAAUGUAGUCCGUGACUACUCCUCCAUGACUACCACCACCCUCUCUUCUCCCAUUGCAUUUUGAUUUCCAACGCCUGUUAUCACCAGCCUCACGUUUUCCCUGAUUCUAUUGCCCAGCGCUCCCCCCUCCCCUCCCCUUAACUGACCCCAAGAGCCAAACAGAACAGAUCUGAUUGCGAAAUACAGACAUACCAGAACUUUAACGUGAGGCACGUUCACAAUCCUCUGAGUGAACAAUAGGAGACAAUAUUAUGUGCUUCAUGUCUGUUUAAUUCCCCCAUCCUCUUCUUUCUCCCACCCAGAGCCAAUGAACAAUUUGCACUUUUCCCCUGCACGUCGUGUCUAGCCUGUUUUUAGAUAAAAAGACAAAUAAACAGCGUGAUCACGGGGGAUUUUUUUUAGCUGUUGCCAACAACAAACUUUUCCUGACAAGCAGGUGGACAACGACAGAGAUGGUGACGAUGAUGAUGAUGAUGAUGAUGAUGAGGAGGAGGAGGAGGACAUCUGAGCUCUGGGUGGAUAGUGGUGACGACGCCCGGCUUGCAUGCAUGGGAAGGCUGACAAAUGAGGACUAAUGUUUGCUAAUGACUGAAGCGCGACGGAUGAGGCCUGGAAGGAGAACGGAAGGAAAGCGUUGCAAAAAAAGCUUUUUGUGUGGUCAUCAGAGAGCAGAGUCAAAACAGAGAGACACAAACACACCGGGCUACCAUGAGGACAGCAGCAAGCGAGCACAGCUCUGACCUCGUCUGGUCUGGUCUGGUCUGAACUUGGACUCCUUUCUGCUCCUGAUGCUCCUCCAUCUUUGUACAAACUUUUCAACUGGCAGCAAGUGAAUAUCAUAGGCCAUGAGGUGUGAAAUGAACUUUUAUAGCCUUUUCAAUUUGUUUGUUUGUUUGUUUGUUUGCCUUUUUGUUUUCUCUUCAUCCAUUGCUGUUGUAUGUCUUCGGUCGUUGCUUUAACCCAAGUGCACAGUAAGAUGCGCAUUUCUAAUUCAACACGUAGAGAUCAGGGCCAAAGACUAUACGUAGAUACUGUAUUUGAAUUCAUAUCAGAAUUGAAUUAACUCUCAAUCAACACUUAUCGAGUUGAAUUUAACAAUCCUUAAUUAGAGUAUAGGUAUUUGGUCCUGAUCUCUUGAGUGUUGAAUUAACCCUGCAAAAUCUUCUGUGUGGGAUUUCCUUUUUUUAUAAUCUUGGUUUGCGCUAACCCUGACAAGAGUGAGAGAUAAUCAGAAGAUGUGGCUAAAGGCCGUGCCGAUGGCAUUUUGUGAUAAAGGCCUAGUAAGCUAUAUCACCAUACAGGGCUGAGAACCGGAGAAUGUGCUUUUAAUGCAUGCCUGCACAUUGGCAUCCAUGUUACAGAGUGAUAGGUGUAGAUGAGAUGGCUGUACGUCAUGAGUGGUUUAUUUAAAACACAUUCCAAAGCUGUGGGACAUGCUUACAUAGGGGAUGAUCAUAUCCAGGUGAAUUUAUAUGAAUGAAAAUCUAUUGUCUUUCGAAUGUUUCUCCAUAUCAUGUUUUAAGGUAUCAGCUUUUUUUGGGUCCUUUUUGCAUAAUUGUUAAAGUAUUUCAUUUUGUGCUGUGAACGUAUGGGAGAUAAGAAAAAACAUGUUUUUUUAACUUUAGAUGAAUGACAAUGAUUGACAUGUUGGCAAAAAUGAAGAAGAACAACUGCAGAGAUAUAACUCAACUCAACAUCUUAACACAUCUAUACAGCAUCCAGGGCCAUCAAAGCGUCUUUAUAGCCCCCCGUGCUAGAGCAUCAUAGAAUCUAUAUGAUAUCAGAUUCACCGGCAUGUUUCAUCAAUACCCCUUUCUAUCCGGUUUGCUACCACAAGUCCAUCACUACUUCGAUUCUUAAUAAAAGAUUUCGGAAUUGACACUGUGUUGUUAGCUUGAUCUAAUUCUUUUGGGGUUUUUU